UCUCUCCCUCGUUUGGCUCGUUCUCUCGUUCAUUUGCUCGUUCCCCUCAUUUGCUCCUCUCCUCUCUGCGCUCUCGGUUUUGUCGCUCUUCUUCUUCUUCUUCCUCCAGAUGCUGGUGUCCUCCGGUCCUCCCCCUUCCCAGCAGCCCCCCCCCCGGCUUGCCGCACGCUCCGUUCUGCUCCGUUCCACGGUUCUGUUAGCAGAGCGCCACGAGACCAGCUGCCUCUCUCUCUCUCUCUCUCUCUCUCUCUCUCUCUCUCUACGCCUCCCUCUCCCUCUCUCCUUCUCUGCCCGAUCUGCGCGGUGGUGCUUUUUUAACCGUGGGGUUCCGCCAGCCUCCGGUGAGUCCGUGCCCGUCCGUGCCGCCGCAAAGUUUGUGAGCGUUUGCGUUUGUGUCUGUGAGCGUUUGCGUCUGUGAGCGUUUGCGUCUGUGAGCGUUUGCGUUUGUGAGCGUUUGCGUCUGUAAGCGUUUGCGUCUGUGAGCGUUUGCGUUUGUGUCUGUGAGCGUUUGCGUUUGUGUCUGUGAGCGUUUGUGUUUGUGUCUGUGAGCGUUUGUGUCUGUGAGCGUUUGCGUCUGUGAGCAUUUGCGUCUGUAAGCGUUUGUGUUUGCGUCUGUGAGCGUUCGUGUUGUGUCUGUAAGCGUUUGCGUUUGUGUCUGUGAGCGUUUGUGUUUGCGUCUGUGAGCGUUUGUGUUUGCGUCUGUGAGCGUUUGUGUUUGCGUCUGUGAGCGUUUGUGUUUGCGUCUGUGAGCGUUUGCGUUUGUGUCUGUGAGCGUUUGUGGGGGUGUUUGCGUCUGUGGGCGUGUUUGUAUCUGUUGGGGUGUUUGCGUUUGUGUGUGUCUCUCACACGUUUGCAGAACUCGGAAACAGGACAGAGCUGAGCGAGAGAGAGAGAGCUGAGCGUGAGAGGGCGAGGGAGAGAGAGAGAGAGAGAGAGAGAGAGAGAGCUGAGCGUGAGAGGGCGAGGGAGAGAGAGAGAGAGAGAGAGAGAUCCCCGGAGCUGCCUCUACACUUCGGCACAGCGGCACGGACGAAUCUUUACCUCAACUGCUGAGGGAGAGAGGGAGGCGGAGAGAGAGAGAAAGAGGGAGAGAAAGAAAGAAAGAGAGAGAGAGGGAGAGGGAGAACUGGGACAUGAUCGCGGUUGUGACACACGUUAACAUCGGCGGGCUGAGCCGCACACGUUCCGGCUGUGAGAUCUGAGCGGGGGGGACUGCGGAAGGAGGGAGAGAGAGAGCGAGAGAAAGAGAAAGAGAGAGAGAGAGAGGGAGAAAAGAGGGAGUCUGCGGUCUCCGUUGAUCACAGAAGAAGUGCCGGUACCCCCUGGAUGAAACAGAGCCGGAGUCUCUGACUCUGCCUCCCCCCCCCCCACACUACCCACCACCUCCCCCCUCCCCUCUCCCCCAGCAACUUGUUCUCCUUCCUCCUGCAUUUUGGUUUGGACUACGGACCUGGGGAAACCGCCGAGGCGCCUCCCGUCCGCUCCGGAACGUUCCGGACCGCCGCCGCUCGCUCCGGCGCUCGGCCACUUCCAUGCCGUCUCUUCUCCCGCUCCGGACAGACGCACGGACGCACGGACGCACGGACGGACCCGCACGCUCGCACAGGACUGCGGCGAAAAGCCGGACCCCACAGGCAGACCCCCCCCCGGCCCGUCCCGCUUAGAUCCCACGUUCCCGGGGGCUGAGGAAGAGGAGGACGGGAGGAAGACAUGCAGGUGUCCUUCGCCUGCACGGACCACAACCUGAAGGCGCCGCGGAACGGCGACGGGCACGGCAAGGCCAAUGCCACCAGCCCCAACGCGGGCAGCGCCGCCCGGGCGCGCUUCCGCACCGUGGCCCUCAUCGCCCGCAGCCUGGGCUCCUUCACCCACCGCCACCACAUCUCCCUCAAGGAGUCCACCGCCAAGCAGACCGGCAUGAAGUACCGGAACCUGGGGAAGUCAGGGCUGAGGGUCUCCUGCUUGGGGCUCGGAACUUGGGUGACAUUUGGAGGCCAGAUUUCUGAUGAGGUGGCGGAGCGGCUCAUGACCAUCGCCUACGAGAGCGGGGUGAACCUCUUCGACACCGCGGAAGUGUACUCCGCCGGAAAGGCUGAGAUAACCCUGGGAAACAUUAUCAAGAAGAAGUGCUGGAGGAGGUCAAGCCUGGUCAUCACCACCAAGCUGUACUGGGGGGGAAAAGCGGAGACGGAGAGAGGCCUGUCCAGGAAGCACAUUAUAGAAGGACUGAAGGGCUCCCUCCAGAGGAUGCAGCUGGAAUACGUGGAUGUCGUGUUUGCCAACCGCCCUGACAGCAACACGCCCAUGGAGGAGAUUGUGAGAGCCAUGACCUAUGUGAUAAACCAGGGCAUGUCCAUGUACUGGGGGACCUCGCGGUGGACAGCUAUGGAGAUUAUGGAGGCGUACUCUGUGGCCCGCCAGUUUAACCUGAUCCCGCCCGUGUGCGAGCAGGCGGAGUAUCACUUCUUCCAGCGGGACAAGGUGGAGGUGCAGCUGCCUGAACUCUACCACAAGAUAGGUGUGGGCGUGGUCUCGUGGUCCCCGCUGGCCUGCGGAAUCAUCACGGGGAAGUACGACAACGGCAUCCCAGAAUCCUCCAGGGCCUCCAUGAAGUCGUACCAGUGGCUGAAGGAUAAGAUUCAGAGUGAGGAGGGCCGGAAGCAGCAGGCCAAGCUGAAGGAGCUGAGUCGCAUCGCCGAGAAGCUGGGCUGCACCCUCCCCCAGCUGGCCGUGGCCUGGUGUCUUCGGAAUGAGGGCGUGAGCUCGGUGCUGCUGGGAACCUCAAACCCGGAACAGCUGACGGAGAACCUGGGCGCUAUACAAGUGCUUCCAAAGAUGACGUCGGACGUGGCGUCUGACAUCGAUCACAUCCUGGGGAACAAACCCCACACAAAGAAGGAAUCUCGGUCGUAGGGCCCACCCCAGGGACCCCCCCCCCCCCCGCCCACUGCUCUCGCUCCCUGUGUGGAGGGGGGGCUGGACGAUCGAUAGCGGGUCCACUCUUUGGAGCUCCGCUCCGCUCCUGGCCCAACUCAUGGCCCUGUCCCUGGUGUGGUGACACCCGCCACCCGCCACCUACCCUGCCCUCCGCAUCGUCCAUGCGAUCCUCCUUUCUUUGCAUCUCGUGCUGAGCCCCUUUGUGAAAAAUUAAAAUGCAUGCAUGCGUGGGGGGAAUGGGAUGGGGGGGGGGGGCGGGCAAAAAUGAAUCAUAAAUGGGUUUAAUACUGCAAACCAAACAACAAUGCAGACUGCAAAAAAAUGAGAAACCUUAAUCCAACCUGUGUGCUCUCUGUUACUGUGUUAUUACACAUGUAUUAACUUUGUUAAGUCUGCUGGAUCCGCCCCCCUCCCUGUGAACUGUGACCUCUGCCUGGCCCCUGUGGAAUGGACUUCCUGUCUGAGAGCGAAUAAGAAAGGACUGAUGCUCAUAAAGGAUUGACGCUUAUGCCUCUCUGAGGAAAACGGAUGGAGCAGCGGGAUUGCGAUUCCUUGUCUUUGUCUCCUCCUGCAGGCCAGCUAGUGAACUGCAGUAUGGUCAUUUUGACAGUAAGGAAACCUCACCUUGGCCAAAUAGCUGGUGCUGGAACAUCAACCACAGAUUUAAUAAUGGAAACUACACAAGAACACUGAAAACUAAAGCAUAAAUGUGAAACAAAAUAUGAUACAGAAAAGAUUAAUUAUUGAAUAGCGGAUUAACAUGGUAAAACUAUCCAAAAAAGACUCUGAAGCCCUUUAUAGAAAUUACAUAUCAAGUGCAAAUAUAUCUAUAGUCUACUCUCUGAAGUGAUGACAAACAGAAAAUUUCCUGAAUGUUUCUCUGGACAGAACAACCUUGAUUUCUAAAUCAAACUGUAAAGCACUAACAAACAACAACAGGACUGAACUGACAUCACACUAUUGAACUGAGGUAGCCCGCAUGGACCUUUGUUCAAGAAUAUGCAGUCACAUCCCUUCUUUCCCCUAUCGACCUGGAGCCAGGCCGACCCUGAUAAGUGGUUAGACACUAUAAUUGCAUGGAACCGAUUAAAGAGAAGAGCCUUGACCUGUCAGGCCAGUCCAGGGGCGGGGUUGGUGAACUGCACUGUGACAUCACAUCUGCUAGCUCGAAUGCUAUUGGAGGAGAGCCAUUUUUACUGAUAUUCCAUAAAGGGUAUCUUUCCGCUUUACCAACUGAAAGUUUGCAUGCGUUUCCAGUAACUGCCUUGUGACACAUUCGUUUUCUUGGUAUCUAUUUUCUUUUUAAAUCUUUCCAGAAAGUUAGUCGAUAGCUACGUUAGCUGAUUUUACAUUUAACGGAUCACAGAAAGCACAGGCAGCCUAGCUGUAGCAUUACUUAUUAAGCAGCAUUGCGCUAAAACGAAUGAAUAAAGUCAACCCAUUUUUAAACGCGCGGUAGCAAAGUGAAACCUUAAACACUGUGAACGCUUCCUUCCCAUUAUUGCAUAAGUCUUCAGUCUGCUGUAACGCGCUUUCCUGCUUCAUAGAUUCGGUCUACCAUAAAUAGGAGUAUUACUGCUUGACUGCGGCAAACCUCGCACGUACUGCAAAAGCGCGUUAUAAAAAUGAAAAAGCGCUACUCGUCGUAUGCAAGUGACUCCCGUGUCGUUUCCCGUCUGCAAAAGGAACUAAUGACCGUAUUUUCACGUCUUUUGGUUCGUGAUUUUCCAUCUCUGGCAUACACCUUACUAGGUUAAAUUGUUGUUAUAGUGUAAAUAUUAUUAUUACUAUUAUUAUUAUAAUUAUUAUUAUUAUUAAUAAUGCAUUGCUGUAAUGUAUCAAUACCAUCUCUCGGACUCUAACACACCGGGUACUGCAAUAGUUGCAAUGCUCCCCCGUGGCAGUUUUAAAUUUUUAACCAUGGGCUCUUUUCUGAACUCCUUGAGUUUGACAAAAAAAAAAAUUCUAACUACUUGUUUGUGUUAACAGUCCAAAAACGAUUCCCCAUCAUGUGACCUCAAGAAACUUUUAGAAAAUACAAGGCCAGGUUUCAGGGUUGGAGAUAGUAGAAGGGGCAAUUUUGCAAUUUUGACCCAGGCCCAAGGGGGGCCUGGAUACGAGGUGCAACUAUUUUUAAUCUGUUAUAAAAUAUAUUAUAUUGGCGGGGGGCAAUAUAUUUUGUUUUGGGCCUGCAAAUUCAUAGCAGCGACCCUGCUGGAUUUACUGAUGGUUUUUGCACAUGCAAAUUGUAACUUCACCAAAGCAAUCCGUGGAAACUGGAAAUAUAGUUUUUUUUUUUUUUUUUCUGUGAAAAUCUUCAGUAAACCUGGCCCUUAGAAGGGACGGUUUAUUAUUCUGUCUCCUCAAAGUAAAUUGAAUUAUAAUUUGCUCCAGGAAAACCACUGAAGCCAAACGAUUACAAUCGUUUUCUAAAAUAUUGAGCUUUU